AUGAGUACUACCACUACCAUUUCCCAUACCCUCGUCGUCCACGAGCCCUCUACGACCCACUCGUCCACUCCCUCCACCAACCCCUCCAUACCCUCCAAGUCCCCCACGGCCAUCGAUAACCUGAACAAGCUGCCAGGGGGCAUUUGGGCCUUGAUUUUUCUCGUGGCAGCCGUCCUUAUGGGCGGCAUAGCUUGA